AUGAAUACCUCACUCGUCCUCCCCGCGCGAUCCCUCCUCAGCCUCGGCCUGCGCGCAACAUGCCGCCGCGCCGCAACCUCCUCCUCACCAUUCCGACUCCUCUCGACCUUCUCCGCCCCCCGCGUCACGAGGUCAUCAUGGUCACCGAUCCAUCGUAACCUCUGGCCCUCGCCCGCAGCGAGGGCGACGCAACCCCGCUACGCCUCCUCCUCCUCGUCCGCCAAAUCCACAAUCAUCCGCGAAUACGAAGACCUCCCCGCAGACUACAGAGACAAGAUCGGCCUCCCCUUCCGCGAGAAGGACCUCACCGCGGCCGAGGUCAAGGCCGUCUUCGGCCCCGCGAUCAAGCCCAACGCCGCCAACCGCCUCCUCAGAAUCCUCCACGGCCGACGCGUCGCCGGAACCCUCGACGACCCGAUCUUCACCGUAAACACCGCCUCCUUCCGCCCCGAGCAGCGCGCCGCCGCGCUCGAGUACCUCCGCGACAACGUCCCCGUCGACGAGAUCCUCAACGCCGGCCUGCGCGCCGAGGACGAGCUCGCGCAGCUGGAGAAGGAAAUCGCCGACCAGGCCGACGGCGACGCUGCCGCCGACACCGACUCGGCCAAAACAUCUCUCAGAAACAGCGACAAGGACAACGCUCCCGAGGAGGUCAAACCGGACCCGGUGUACGGCUACAGCGUCAUGGACGCCAUCCGCGCCAAGAACCAGGCCAAGGCCCGUGAGGAAGAAGCCCGUCUCGCGCGCGAGGCCGCAGAGAAGGGCCUUCCCCCGCCCGUGCCCGGCGGCGCCGUCGCCACGGUCCCCAUCAAGCGGCCGCCCAUGAGCCCGCGCAUGCAAAAGUGGCAGGAGCAGGGCCAACUCACCUCGAACCUCGACGCCCCGCCGGAGCUCACCUUCUUCGAGCGCCUGCUGCCCUCCUACGCCGUCGUCGCGCUGCUCGUCGGCGCCCUCGCCGCCGCCGCCAUGGUCUACUCCCCGCCCCACGAGACCGAGCGCCUGUACCCCGAGGUCUCCGCCUCCACGGCGACCGUCGGCUUCCUCAUUGGCCUCAACGCCCUCGUCUACGCCGCGUGGCACGUCCCGCCGCUGUGGGGCUUCCUUAACCGCUACUUCAUCAUGGUGCACGGCAUGCCGCGCGCCGUGACGAUGCUGACGGCCAACUUCUCGCACGCAACGCUGAGCCAUCUCGCGACCAACAUGGUCGGCCUGUGGUUCGUCGGCACCGCGCUGCACGACGAGGUCGGCCGCGCGAAUUUCCUGGCGAUAUACAUGGCCUCCGGCGCGCUCGGCCUGCUCGGCAGCCUGACCAUCUACACGCUGCGGGGUAUCCUGACGGUGUCGACGGUCGGCGCGUCGGGCGCGGUGUUCGGCACGGCGACGGCGUACUUUUGGAUGCACCGCUUCGACACGUUCAAGAUCUUGGGCUUCCCGCCGGACCCGAUGAACGGGCCGCAGGGAUUGGGAUUCCUGGCGGUGCUCCUCGGUGUGCACAUCGCCGCGCUGUUCCGGAGGGGUAAGCAGACGGUCGACCUGACGAGCCAUUUGUGUGGAAUGUUGGCUGGGUUGAUUGGCAUUGAGCUUGUUACCGGCAGGAAGGAGGUUCCCAAGGCGAGGGAGGAUCUCGUGAAAGAUGCCCCGCCGAGGGAGGAUGGGGAUGAGGAUGUGAAGGCGUGA